GGGCGCCUUCCGCUUCUUCCGCUUCUCUCGCUGCUCCUCGGGCUGGCCGGCCAGUGGUGGGGGUCGGCGCAUGGGGAGGGUCGGGGGAACCCCGGGGCGACAGCGUGUGCGCCCUCUAACGCGCAGGCCACACCGAGGCGGCGAACUGUGCCCGGGAGGCCGGGACCGGCGCGGACCGCCCCGCGGGCUUCGAGUCCGGGUGCCGGGACAGGGUUCACGGCCGUCCACCCCCAGGCACAGCCUCACAGAGGAAAGGCCACAACGCACGGCCACCACGCGUCUCCUCCAACUCGGCCAAAUGUUCCCUCUCCCUCAGAAGGAACCCAAGGCACCUACUAUCUGUCUGGGCCCAGCCUCCACACAGAACCUGGACAGUAACCAUGGUGAUGGUCUGGAAAGGGAAUGCUCCAGAAGACCAGCCCAGAAGCGGCCAGAGGUCUAUGGAGUGGGUGAUCCCCUUGCCAUGUUCUCCUCUGACAGCUCCCACCUGUCCUCUAGAGGAAGAAUCAUCAAAUCGUUCUGGGACUCAGCUGAGGAGGGCUACAGGACCUGCCACAAGGAUGAGUACGAUGAGGAUAAGAACCCCAGUCGGGUCACUACAUCCAGCCCACACUCAAGAAGAAGGGAUUCCACAGGGUGUGAAUAUCAGGAGCUGGGGAUCACUGGGAGACCUGAGAAGCUGCCCAUCACAGGCAUCAUUAACUUGGGCACUGGUGAAAACAAGCUCUGCUUUGACCUUCUGUCCAAGCGGCUGAGUCAGAGCGACAUGCUGCAUGUGGAGCCUUCCCUGCUACAGUACCCUGACUGGAGGGGACAUCUGUUCCUCCGGGAGGAAGUGGCCAGAUUCCUCUCUUUCUACUGCAAAAGCCCUGCACCCCUUAAACCAGAGAAUGUGGUGAUUCUGAAUGGCUGUGCGUCUCUCUUCUCUGCUCUGGCUACGGUGCUGUGUGAGGUGGAGGAGGCUUUCCUGAUCCCUGCCCCUUACUAUGGAGCCAUCACACAGCACGUCUAUCUCUACGGCAAUGUCCGACUGGUCUAUGUCUAUUUGGACAGUGAGGUUACUGGGCUGCACACACGCCCCUUCCAGCUCACAGUGGAGAAACUGGAGAUGGCCAUGCAAGGAGCCAAUUCUGAGGGUGUGAAGGUCAGAGGCCUCAUCCUCAUCAACCCCCAGAACCCACUGGGUGACAUCUACUCCCCAGGAGAGCUGCUGGACUACCUGGAAUUUGCCAAGAGGUAUGAGCUGCAUGUGAUGGUGGAUGAGAUCUACAUGCUGUCCGUGUUUGAGGAGUCGGCCAGGUAUCACAGUGUCCUAAGCCUGGAGAGGCUGCCUGACCCCCAGAGGACCCAUGUGAUGUGGGCCACGAGCAAGGACUUCGGGAUGUCCGGGCUCCGCUUCGGCACGCUGUACUCAGAAAACCAGGAUGUGGCCACUGCAGUGGCUUCCCUCUGCCGCUAUCACAGUCUCAGUGGCUUGGUCCAGUACCAGAUGGCACAGCUGCUCCGGGACCGUGACUGGAUCAACCAGGUGUACCUGCCGGAGAACCAUGCCCGUCUCAAGGCUGCCCAUGCCUAUGUCUCAGGGGAGCUCAAGGCCCUGGGGAUCCCCUUCCUGAGCCGGGGGGCAGGCUUAUUCAUCUGGGUGGACUUGAGGAAGUACCUGCCUGAGGCCACCUUUGAGGAGGAGAUGCUGCUCUGGCACUGCUUUUUGGACAAUAAGGUGAUGCUAUCUUCUGGCAAGACCUUUGGGUGUAAAGAGCCUGGCUGGUUCCGCUUGGUCUUCUCAGACAAGGCCCCCCGGCUUAGUGUGGGGAUGCAGAGGGUCCGGCAGGUUCUUGAGGGCAAAUCCCAGGUGGCAGAAGACCCGCCUUCCUGUCAGAUCCAGGAGCCACGGGCCAGUACAGGUGAGCUGGUGGUUGUAUCAUGAGAGGUCCUGGCAACCACUGCUGACCGGGCCCUUUUGAGGCUGCAAAGACUGACAGAGAAGCCGUUGGCCAGGAGGCCAUCCGGUUUGGCCUUGGCUCCUGAAGAAGAACUGUUCCCUGCCUCUCAAUGGCAGCGACAAGCUCCUUAAGCUGAGGUUUGACCACAUCCAUCCCCCUUCCUCUCUAUUAAAUAAAACUGGAAGAAAUGA